CUAGUGGGUGGGUGGUGCUGCCCGUCGCGUCACGAGAGCAGAGCAGAGGGGAGGAAGAAGAGGCCGCAUCAGGAGAGCAGCAGCAGCAGCAGCAGCAGCCGUGGAAGAAGGUGGUCGCGAUGGGUCGCGGCGGCGGGAUGGGGAAUCCGGUGAACGUUGGGAUUGCGGUGCAGGCGGACUGGGAGAACCGGGAGUUCAUCUCCAACAUCUCCCUCAACGUCAGACGCCUCUUCGACUUCCUCCUCAGAUUUGAAGCUACGACGAAGAGCAAACUAGCGUCUUUGAAUGAGAAGCUUGACAUCUUAGAGCGGAAACUGGAGGUGCUUGAAGUCCAAGUGAGCAGCGCAACAACCAAUCCUUCUGUUUUCAACUAGAAACUGCACAUAAGGUCUUUGCGGCACCACGCGCCUGCGUUGUUUGCAGAGUAUCAAAGUUGAAAGCUUUUGGGUUUGCUGUCGAGUGUUUGUGUAUCUAUUUCUAUUAUGUAGUGUCAUGUAAAGCACUCCUAGUAUCACCUUUGUGCAAUUGAAAUCUUGCACGUCUGCAUUGAAACUGACUA